AGGCUGGAAGUUGCGCACGGCGCUGAAGCAGCAGCUAUUCACCCUGGUACCCCGCGACGAUGCGGAGCGGUCGCACGUGGAGUACUUCGUGCUCGCCAUGGAGAGGCUCGGCGGCAGCAUAGAUAUCGGCGUGGACCCCUUCGAGGAGAGUUGGAGAAGGACAGUGCCGCCGUCUCGGAGGAGUUCCGCGCCCGACGGCGCGGGAGUUUGCGGCGGUUCGGGGAGCUGAAGGCUGGCAUGGACGACCUCUGCUUCGGCAAGCAGAGGACCUGAUGGCGACAGGCGACGGCGGGAGGAGGCGCUCCCUCGACAUCAGCAUGGACGAGGACGGCUCCAGCUUCGAGGUGCAGCGGCGCAGCGCCACCGUGUACGUCCGGGACCUGGACGUCCCGUCCUCGUUCCCGAACAGCAGGGACUGGUUCGAGCUCUUCCAAGGGGAUGCGUACACGCCCCCGAAGUUCUUCCACUUGGUCCUCCAGUGGAUCGUGUGCUCCUCCGUGCACCUCGUCCACUUCAUGACGCGCCUGGUGGGCCUGGCGGAGAGCCACGGCUACUCCCUGGUGCCGCUCCCGGUGGCACAGCUGUUCCCGCAGCCAGCGCCCCACUGGGUGUGGGGCGGCGACCGGGAGACCAACUUCGACCGCCUCGCGCUCUACCCCAGGAGGCGCAUGGCGCUCCCCGCGGGCCUCGACGCGGCCACGCGCGGCCGGCUCAACGCCCGGCUCCUUGAGAGGUGGCUGCGGUCCCCGCUGGGCUUCCUCUUCGUGUUCGAGUCGCCGGUCUCGGACUUCCGCGCGAUGGCGACGCAGAGCGCGGAGGGCAUCCAGCGGGAGAUGCAGCACAGGCUUCAAGCAGUGGCGAAGCGUCCGGGCGUGCCUAUAGGGUGUACCAGCGCCAGAAGGGCUGGGUGCUGGCCCAGGCUGACGGCCUGUGCCUCGUCGCGCUGCGAGAGGAGUACCUCUACUGGUACGACAACUCGCUCCUGUCCGCGGGCGCCGCCGGCGCCGCCGGCGCCGCGGCACAGGGCGCGCCGCCGCGCCUCGUCGAGGAUUGAGCUCUGGCGGGCUUUCCAGAGGGCCACGGCGGACGUGCUCGCGGAGUUCGGCGGCGGCCCCGCGCCGCGAGAGCUGCCGGCGGACGUGGCCGCGGAGCCCGCA